GCUCUCUCCAAACCUUCCAACUCUCUAACGGAAAACACUUCCUUAUCCUCAUCUUCCUCCUUAUAUUCCCUCUCUUCCCCCAACCUCCUUCCUCUCCUUGUCUACCUCUUGUUCAACUGUUUCUCCACCCACCCACCAUCACCACCAUCAACAACACCAUCUACGGCCGUUAUCGGAUCCGAUGUGCUCUAGAGGCCACUGGAGGCCUGCUGAAGAUGAAAAGCUCCGGGAGUUGGUCGAACGCUAUGGUCCUCAUAACUGGAACGCCAUAGCUGAGAAGCUCCAAGGGAGAUCAGGUAAAAGCUGUAGGUUAAGAUGGUUCAAUCAGUUGGAUCCAAGGAUCAAUAGAACCCCUUUUACAGAGGAAGAAGAAGAGCGGCUUUUGGCUUCUCACCGGAUCCACGGUAACAGAUGGGCUGUUAUUGCCCGUCUUUUUCCCGGUCGUACUGAUAAUGCUGUGAAGAAUCAUUGGCAUGUCAUCAUGGCACGAAGAAGCAGAGAAAGAUCUAGGCUUUUUGCCAAAAGAGCAGCAAUUGAUUCCAAACCAGACGAUAAUCACUCAAGGAGUUUCACUCCAUUUGUGCACAAAUACUCUAAUGGAUUUGGUAAUCAUCCACCUCAGUUUUUCAAGGACUUGUUUGCUCAAAAUCAAACUCAUUGUGCUACCGUGAACGAAGAUAAAAGUCAAGGAAUCGAGUUCUACGAUUUUCUUCAAGUUAAUACUGACUCCAACAAAAGUGAAGUGACCGACAACACGAGAAGAGAUGAGGAGGAGGUAGAUCAGGCUGAGGCAGCUGGAGUUCCCUUCAUCGACUUCUUAUCUGUUGGGAGCGAGCUAACAGUAGUGAUGAAUCAAGGAAGAUAACUAAUUGCAACCUAAUUCGGUAGCUAGUUGUUGCUGUGCUGUUGCUGCGUGCAUGAGUUCAUGACACUGAUCACAACAACAAAUAUAUAGACAUACAUAUUUAAGAAAGUUAUACAUGCAUAAGCAGUCACUUCCUAGGCAUUUAGAGAGAACACACUUUGUUGUAAAACCUUUGUCGCCAAAGUAGGAUUUCUUCGAAAUCGAAGAGAUUUGAAUUGCAUGAGUAUCUAUACGUACAACCAUAUAUUUUAAGCCAGCUGGCUAGCAAGCAUGUUGAGUUUUCUUUCUUUUUAGCUUCAUGCCGCAGCAGAAAUUCACAAAGAAAUUAAAUUUACAUAU